ACUCCCGUAGUCGCUAAGAUGGCACCCAUCAUUUCUGAAAUCAACCCCCAUCUGCUCGAGGGAUUAGACCCUGAAAACAGGGGAUUAUGCACCUUAGAAGCAACAGUAGUAACGGGACUAGAAGAGGUAGCAUGCGAGGAAUGCAAAGAGAAACUCGGUGCAAAUUGUGUUGUAGCACGAGGGCGGUUGUUCAUAGAUGUAAAUCCAGAACAAGUUCCAGAGGUACUGAAGCUUAGGAGUAUUGACAAUGUGAAUAUUGUUCUUAGUAUGGUGAAGAACUUCAGUUUUCCAUCAGAAAGGGAAAAAUGCUUUGAGCAACUGUACAUGCUAGCAGAGAAGCCAGACUGGAAGAAAGGCAUGGAAGUUUGGAGGAAGACUCUUGGCUUUGAAGAGGAACCAAUUAAGGAAGAGAAGCUAUUGACACAGGAUUUCUGUCAGCCCAGGCCAGAUAUUGACCUGAAAAUGAUGAAAUCAACAUCCCAAAUAGUAAAUAAUAUUCCAAGAGCUCUUCUGCCCAAACACCUAAAGCUUGAUGAAGAUGGCUUAGCAAAGGAAGAUGAAGUUCAGCAGCCUGAGGAGAAUGACAGUGUUGAGGAGAAUAAAGAAGUUUCUCAUACACUUGAUUACUGUUUGUCAGGACCGAAGUUCAGAGUAUCAUGCAACAGAACUGGCUCAGGUCACAUCUUCGGAUCUCCUGAAGCAGCAAGGCAGUUUGGUGCUGGUAUCAAUGAAAAAUUUAACUGGCCAGUUGACCUCAAGAAUUUCGAUUUGGAGGUCAUCCUAUACAUAGAUAAUGAAUUUGUGUAUGUUGCGUUAGCACUUACAAGAGAGGCUCUGUUCAAGAGAAAUUUAACUAACUUUGGACGAACAAAUCUGCGUGCUACACUGUGUUACAAUAUGGUGCGCUUGGCUGCCCCCAAACCUGGUGAAGUGGUGAUAGACCCCAUGUGUGGAGGAGCAACAAUUCCCAUGGAGGGUUCCCUGACGUAUACUAAGUCUUUCCAUCUUGGUGGGGACAACUUCGGACAGGCAGUUAAGCGGAGUCGUGAUAACAUUGACUGGCUGGUAAAGAAGGGGAAUUCCAUGCCAAUUGAUGUGGCUCAGUGGGAUGCUACUAAAUUACCACUUAGAGAACAGUGUGUUGACAUUAUGGUGUCUGACUUACCCUUCGGAAAACGUAUUGGCAGCAAAACUGACAACCGUGUUUUAUAUUUUCAUGCCUUGCUGGAAAUGGCAAGGGUGACAAGAAUAAAAACAGGACGUGCUGUAUUGCUCACAUAUGACCACAGGAGUAUGAUUAAAAGCAUAAAACGAGUUCACACCCUGUGGAAGAGUGGUGCCUCAAGAACUGUCAAUGUUGGUGGAUUAUCAGCUGUUAUUUACAUAUUGCAUCGUACCUCCCUGCUUUGUGACACAGGACUUCGGAAGGAUUUGAAGAAUAAAGAGAAAAGUUCUCCAGUGAGUCCAGGUGGAAGUGCUACAAAUUAACUGCAGUAAUAGUAUGCAAAUCAGAUUAAUUUUGUUAUACUGAACAGCAGUAAAAUUAUUUUAUAUUA